GUGAACAAGGAAAACAACCCGAUGCGCGGUAUCCGCAUCGAGAAACUGGUUCUCGACAUCUGCGUGGGCGAAGCUGGCGACAGACUCACGCGCGCCGCAAAGGUGUUAGAGCAGAUGACUGGUCAAAAGCCGUGCCUGUCGCGCGCGAAGAUCACGAUCCGCUCCUUCGGCAUUCGGCGCAACGACAAAAUCGCGACGCACGUCACCGUUCGCGGGCCGCGCGCUGCCAAAUUGCUGGAGCUGGGUUUGAAGGUCAAGGAGUACGAACUGAAGAAAAGCAGCUUCGGCGCCAACGGCAUCUUCGCGUUCGGCAUCUCCGAGCACAUCGACCUCGGCAUCAAGUACGACCCGAACGUCGGCAUCUACGGACUGAACUUCUACGUGCACCUCGCACGGCCCGGCCGCCGUGUAUGCACGCGCCGCGCGCGACGCUCGAAGAUUGGCAACACGCACCGCCUCACGCAGGAAGAUGCCAUGAACUGGUUCCGGAACUCGUACGACGGCAUAAUUAUCGAAAAUUAA